CCACGGACCAUAAAUUUUGUUAGACUUGGGAGCAGUCAGAGCACGUCACGCUGUAGUCUGUCAUUUCCUUUCCCUCCUCACUUCCUCCCUUUUCCCGCCAAAAGUUCACGCUCUCCUUCCUCCAUUGACGAGUACGGAGCUCGCGGAGAGAGCUCGAGCUGGAAGAUGAUGAACCGAUCCAUCGACGGGAACGACAUCGGCAGGAUUCUCGCUGUUUACUUCCCCGAGGCGGAGAUAUCGGCCAAGGACGAGAGGUUCCUCCUCACGAACGAGCUCGUCCGGUUCUUCUCCACGCCUCCUGGAGAAGGUCUCACCUCUCAGGUAAAGGAUGACGAUGGCUUCUCUAUCCUGCCGCUCGAUCUUCUGCAGUUUCGGAAGUUGUGCAGCAUUGAGCUGUUUUAUGAGCUGCUGGAGGAGCAGAAGAGACCUAAGGAAGCUCUAUUAUGCAUGAGCGCUGCUGUUCACAAGGUGUUGAUGGCGAAGCAGGCGGAUAGCAGGUUCCAGGAUGGCAUGAAGAUUAAUAUUCGACUUUACAACUAUCCUGAAUCCAUGAUCGCUUUGAAAAAUCUUAAAGCAGCUUAUAUCGACAAGCUCAUUUCAGUGCGUGGCACCGUAGUCAAAGUUAGCACUGUCAGGCCAUUAGUGGUACGGAUGAGUUUUGAUUGUGCUAAGUGCAAAACCUCCAUUUCACGCAUCUUCCCUGAUGGAAAAUUUUCCCCACCGGCAAUUUGCAAUCUCCAUGGAUGCAAGAGCAGGAGUUUCAUUCCCAUUCGCACUACUGCCCAAGCAAUCGAUUUUCAGAAGAUAAGGCUGCAGGAACUUCAAAAAUCUGAAAAUCAUGAAGAAGGUCGGGUUCCUCGGACAGUUGAAUGUGAACUGACUGAAGAUCUUGUAGAUGUGUGCAUCCCUGGAGAUGUGGUUACUGUCACUGGAUUUGUGAAAGUCAUUAACAAUUACAUGGACAUUGGAGGAGGUAAAUCUAAAACCAAGAAUCAAGGAUUCUACUAUUUAUAUCUAGAAGCAGUGUCAGUGAAUAAUUCCAAGUCACAGUCUACGCCCGAGGACUCGCAUAAUUCUAUUUCUGACACUAGAACUACGGAGCUGCUUGACUUAUUCUCAUUUACUCCACGGGAUUUGGAAUUUAUCGUGAAAUUCUCUGAAGAAUAUGGAACUGAUAUCUUCCGUCAAAUACUUCAAUCAAUCUGUCCAUCCAUAUAUGGACAUGAGCUUGUCAAAGCGGGAAUAACACUGGCACUUUUUGGUGGUGUGCGGAAGCAUUCACUAGAUCAGAACAAGGUCCCUGUCAGAGGAGAUAUUCACGUUAUCAUUGUUGGUGACCCUGGUCUAGGAAAGAGCCAGUUACUUCAAGCUGCUGCUGCGAUCUCGCCACGAGGCAUAUAUGUAUGUGGUAAUGCCACAACAAAUGCUGGCCUGACUGUUGCUGUUGUGAAGGAUUCCAUGACAAGUGACUAUGCCUUUGAGGCGGGUGCAAUGGUACUAGCAGACCGUGGACUAUGCUGCAUUGAUGAAUUUGAUAAGAUGUCAGCAGAACACCAGGCCUUACUGGAAGCCAUGGAGCAACAGUGCGUCUCCAUUGCAAAGGCUGGACUAGUUGCGAGUUUAUCUGCACGAACUUCUGUCUUAGCAGCAGCAAACCCAGUCGGUGGUCACUAUAACCGGGCGAAGACUGUGAACGAAAACUUGAAAAUGAGUGCUGCUCUUCUUUCCCGAUUUGAUUUGGUAUUCAUUUUACUUGAUAAACCAGAUGAACUACUGGACAAGCGAGUAUCCGAGCACAUUAUGUCACUUCAUGCUGGAAAUGGAGAACAUUUACCAGUCACUAAAAGGAUGCGUAAAGAUGCUUCAUCAAGUGGAGCAUCAGAAAGUGGCGUCAUGGAUUUCAGUGUAAAGAGUGGUUCUUUGGUUUCAAGACUGAGGCUUCACCCGAAAGAGCACGUGGACUUUAUUCCACUGCCUGGUCCACUUUUCCGCAAAUAUAUUGCUUAUGCAAGAUCUUAUGUCUUCCCAAAAAUGACUAGACCAGCAGCAGAGAUUCUCCAGAAGUUCUACCUGCGGUUAAGAGACCACAGCACUUCAGCUGAUAGUACCCCAAUAACAGCCAGGCAACUCGAGAGUCUAGUGAGAUUGGCCGAAGCUCGAGCUCGUGUAGAACUCAGAGAGGAAAUAACUGCUCAGGAUGCUUUGGAUGUGGUUGAAAUAAUGAAAGAAUCCUUAUACGACAAGUAUCUUGAUGAACACGGUUUUGUGGAUUUCGGCCGAAGUGGGGGAAUGAGCCAACAGAAGGAGGCGAAACGUUUCCUUAGUGCAUUGUGCAAGCAGUCAGAGUUACAACAGAAAGACUGCUUCUCAAUUUCCGAAAUAUACAGCUUGGCAGAUCGUAUUAGCCUCAGAGUUCCCGAUAUCAACACCUUUGUGGAUAACCUGAACAGUGUUGGUUACUUGCUCAAGAAGGGGCCAAAAACAUACCAGGUACUAUCGUCAUCUUACUCGCGAAGUCAGUCAUCUAGGUCGAGGGCCUAAAGAAAGUGUAAAACAUCUUUCUGCAUAUCUGGUACUUUGAUGACAGCACCACUUCAAUUAUUGUUAUUAUCACAAGACAAAUUCACUACAAUCACACGAGAGCACACACCGAGUCUGUGUUAGUAAAAUUAAAAUCCAAUUUUGCUGGCUUGCUGAUUUU